UAGUUACUCUGGAGAUUCCUGCACUUCCUGUGAUGGCAGGAAGUGAUGUCACUCUGCGCUGUAGAAACAAAGAUCAGGUCGCACUCGAAGCCUUUUUCUUCAGGGAUGGUUCUAAACUUGGAUCUGGACCUGAAGGACAGUUUACCAUCAGGAACUUCCAACAGUCUGAUGAAGGUCUCUUCUGGUGUUAUUUUGAUCAGUCUGUUGAAUCUCCUUGGAGACGGCUGAGGGUCAGAGGUCCUGCUGCCCCUCCUCCUUCCAGUACUUCUCCUCCUCCUUCUCCUCCUUCAGCCUCCCCCCCUCUCUCCUCUCCCCUCCUAACAGUUGGACUACCUGUGGGUUCUCUGGUUCUUCUGGUUCUUCUGGUUCUGGUCCUGGUCGGAGUUCUGUUGCUCCGCAGGAAUCAAACAGGUCUGGCUGUGCUGACCGCUGCAGGUCUGGCUGUGCUGACUGCUGCAGGUGCGGCUGUGUUGCUGAGUGGACUGCUUGUUUCUGCAGACUCCUCUCUGUCUGUGCUCAGACUCUGCUGCCAUCUAGUGGUCUUCUGUCCAUACUGCGUCUCUACUGGUCUGAUGCUGUCCAUCUGCUGCAGCAGGAAGACAGGAAACAAACCAGCCGUCUCCAUGGAGAUGACCCAGGCCGUUGGAGGAAGUGAGAAAUUGGAUGGAGAGUAUAAUGACAUCACUGCUGAUGUCACCACUGAGCACGCCUUCUGAGCUGUGAACACAGUUGUCAGUGCCCAAUCCAUAGUGGCUGCCCGAUCCCUUCUGCACAUGCACAGAAGUGGUCCUGUCAGUCAAAUAAAGUUACCACAAACGUGCCUGUUCAUAAUGACUUGUGUGUUGUUGCCUGUUCUCAUCUCAGGUUGUCAGAUACUGAUGCUUUCAGAAGGGCUGCCAAAGUGUAUUUGACGCAAGAAGUACCCCUCAGUGUCCUUAUGAGACGCACCCGGGUGCGUCUGUAUGAGAUGCUCUGUCUAGGCUGGAAGCACUAGUAGCUGGCUGUGUCAUGAAAAACAUUAUUCAACAGAACAUUUCUAAUUUGACAACAAUCUAACAAUGUAGCAACACAAAGGUAGAAAACCCUAGCUGAUGGCCGAAACACCUGUACGGUUAGCCGGUAAACAUGCAUUAAAAAAAUGACUUAGGUUUGGGCACACACCCCUGUGAUGGAUAGGGAUAAGGUAAGGGGCUUUGGGGAGCUGUCAACGUCUUUUACAUUAUCUUCAAUAAAUUCCUAUUACAUCAUAGUGGACAGUUUCAUCUCAAGUGAUUUGAAAGAUUUAGUUUGAUCACUUUGAAUAGGCACAUUUGCGUUGACCUUCUUUGACUGAGAGAACCACUUUUACCCAUGGGCAUAAGGGAUCAGGGAGCCAGUAUGGAUUGGUCACCUUCAACAGUAACAGCAGCUGUCUUUAACAUGGAUCAAUAAUAAGAAGGUUCUAAAGUCAUCUUCUGGAUCAAUUUGAACAAGAGAAAACUGUCUGAAUCACUGAUCAUUAUCUUCAUCUUUUUUUCUUCAUUCUCUUAGUUUUUCAGUGGUAAGAAACAUAAUGUAUAGUAAAAAUGUAUAAAUUAACACAUUAGGUAUUAGCUUACGUUUAGCCAUGUGUACUUUGUAUAACCAUUGAAUAAGUGUGUUGCUUAGUUUCUGACCAGCUACAGAUGGAGACAAAUGACAGGAGAAAACACCAUGAAGUGUCCAAGUCUGGAGUCAGGCCACCGCAAGCAUCUAGAUCAACUUCAGCCUUAAGUCGAUUUUUGCAUUUUUGCAGCCUUGUUAGAGUCAGGAAUUCUGUGUGUUUUAUUUUACUCAUUUUCUCUCUUUUAUGUCAAAGUAUUAUUGGACGUAGGCUUUGUAUGUUUUUAAGCUUUGGUAAAUAAAA